GUGGUGGUUUAAGAAAACCCGUACCCGUAUCUCUGCGGUGUGUUGGUAGUCCUCCGUAGGUCAUGGAUGCGGCGGCCGCACUUGCUUAUACCGGCGAAGCUUGUGGCGCCGACGCUGCUGUUCUGUUAGCUGGGGACGAUUGAUUGGGCCCACCGCGGGAGGCUCUUCGUCCGGAAUAUAAAGACGACGGCACGAAUCCAACAAGCCGAGACGAGUUCCUUUCUUGUCAAGAAUCCACAAAGCCUGCCUCAGAGGCGGAGGAGCACAGGGGAAGAGAGGGGGCCAUGUCGUCGUUGGAUGAGAGCAAAUUCGACUUGAAUCUCCAACUCUGGGCUCUCCGGAUCCCUCGGGAACACUGCACGUCCGUCGGUCGCCUCCUUCACGGAUAUAUGCUGGACAGAGCUCGUAUCAAACCCAUUGUUGAAGAUCCAACUAGUGAGAAAAAUCGUUUUGUCAUACUCUCUGAAAAGAUACAAAAUUCUGAUUUAUCUGAAAUUCCAAGUUACGUGAUGGAUGAACUAAAGGUUCUAUGCAACAUUGAAGCAGUGCCAUAUUCAAUAACACUAGGAUAUUCGUAUUGGGGUGCAGAUCAUAUUUUAAAGCAAAUACUACCCUGUGGAAUGGAGGUACCAACUUCUUUUGAAACAGUAGGACAUGUUGCUCACUUGAAUUUGACAGAAGACCAACUUCCUUACAAGGAUGUCAUCGCAAAGGUUAUUUAUGAUAAAAAUCAGCCAAGAAUUCUAACAGUUGUGAAUAAAGUUGGAACCAUAACAAAUGAGUUCCGAGUGCCAACUUUUGAAGUUCUAGCAGGAAAAAAUGAUAUGGUCACUAAAGUAAAGCAGUAUGGUGCUACAUUUAAACUUGAUUAUAGCUUGGUCUAUUGGAACUCAAGACUUGAACAUGAACACACUCGUCUGGUUUCACUGUUCCAGAGAGGAGAGACAAUUUGUGAUAUGUUUGCUGGAAUAGGUCCUUUUACCAUUCCAGCAGCACAAAAAGGUUGUCUUGUAUAUGCAAAUGACUUAAAUCCUGAUAGUGUUCAUUAUCUACGGAUUAAUGCACAGAUUAACAAGGUAGAGGAUCGUGUUUAUACAUAUAACAUGGAUGCAAGGGCUUUCAUGCACCAUAUAAUGACAGUGCCCGAUUCUGAUAGUAAGCAAAAAACUGGAGAAGCUGUUUCAAAGGAUGAUCAUUCUAAGGAAUUAGCAACCAACGAAAAAGAAGUUGUUACCCAAGAAAUGCUGAAUGCUGGAAAAGAUCAUCAAGAUUCUCUAAAUGGUUCAUCUGUAAAAGAAAACACUGCUGUUAAAAGACAGCUGGACAAGGCUGGCAAUGUGUUUCAGGGAAAUGGGAAUACCAACAAGAGAAUCAGAGGCUUCCAUUUAACAGUGUCUAGGCCAUGGGAGCAUGUUGACCAUGUAAUCAUGAAUCUUCCAGCUUCUGCUUUGGAAUUUUUAGAUGUCUUUAAGGGCCUCAUUCAAAGAGAACACUGGAGGGGGUCUUUACCUUGGAUACACUGCUAUUGCUUCAUCCGAUCAACUGAAACCAAAGGAUCAAUAUUAUCUAAAGCAGAGUCUCUUUUGAGUACUAAGAUAACAGACCCAAUUUUCCAUCGGGUUAGGGAUGUUGCCCCCAAUAAGGCUAUGUUUUGUUUAAGCUUCAAGCUACCAAUAGAGACCUGUUUCCGAGAUGUUAAUAAUGUUGGUGCUGAAUGAAAGUUCUAUAUGGAAAAAAACUACAUAACAAGUCAACUCUGUCGGAUAUAUAUCUGUGUUGAAACGAAAGGUUGAGGUUGAGAACUAUACGCAGUCUUACAAUGUCGGAUGUAUCUUUGAGUAACUACUAUGAUUGGAAAACGAUGAAUUCUAACUUCGACACGAGGAUAUCACUUCUGAUUUAGUGUUUUCUUUUGUGUGUGAAUUGAGCGAGGAAAGACAGACAUGGCAUGUUUCUGUGACUUUGAAACUUGGAGAAGCAGACAUGACAUGUUUCUGUGACUUCGAAACUUGUAGAGCUCAAGAAUAACUCUUGCACAUGAUAGAAACUAUUUUCUUAUCUACAUUGUGCAGAGCAAGAUAUUGAAAUCAUAAUUGAUGGGUUGUAUCAAUGUGAGGACUUGUUCAAGAGCAUCUGUUAGUGCAUCAGGGAUAAAGCAGGAAGGAUCCCAUAUGUUAUUUUAUGUCACCAGGAGACAACAUAUGUAUCUUAAUACAGUGUAACUCAUCCAGGAAGUUCUUAGUUUUUUUACAUUUU